GUGUGUGAUAUGUGAAAGAGAAUUUCAAAUUUCAAAGUGUAACGUAAAAUGGGAAAGUCAGUUGUUCCGGUGGGAGUGGGGCUGUUGCCUGAUGUUGCUGCUCAACCAAAGUCUUCUCCAAUUGAAACGGACGAAAGGCAACAGAAAGUGACAACUUUUCUGACUCUUUAACAUUAGAUAUUUCUUCAUCUUUAAAUUUUUUUUUUUAGAAAAAAAACCAUUUCCCAAUUACCAAAAAUUUCCAAAAGGAUUUGUUUUUCUCUUUCAUUUCUUUGCUUUAAUGCCGUUUCUAUGUCAAAUUUUAGAAACCCAUUUUUCUCUUCCCACGAAAUAGGAAUAAAAAUAGCGACAAUGGUGGGAUGCGUUGCGAUGUGGCCGUGUAAGGAACGUGUGUGUUUUUCAACCUUCAUUAUUUCUUUUUUUUUUUUCUAUCAAUCAUCAAUUCAUAACCAACAUAUUCAACUUUCCUCCACCGUCCCUCUUUUGAUUAUGAAACCAGAAUAUCUCGAGCAUUGACCCAAUCUUCUCUCUCCUUCUUUUACAUUUUGCAAGAAAUUUUGCCUUGUUUUCUUCAAUUUAUUCAACCCAUUGAAGAUUGAGGAACCAUUGUUUCAACCCAUCUCUCCAAAGAUAUUAAUUGACAGUGAUUUGAAAAAAAAAAAAAAAAAACAACUUACGGUGGAAGAAAUUUGUUGCGCUGUAUUCUCAUGUCUGGUGAUGGAAAUUUGGCUGCCGUUGUGCCCUAACGUUAUUUCAUGGAUGGAUUUAGGAGUAACGACAACAAACAAGGCGUUGAAAGGCAUUCCCGCACCGAGAUGGGGUCGUUAGGGGAGAAAACUAUACUGGAAUUUGAAGAUGAGAGCCUUGUUAGUCCAGUAUCAUUAAAUAGAAAGAACUUUUCGAUUGAGGGAUCUAUCCAUAGUUCUCCCUUGGGUGGUGGUUCGCAGAAACUUUGUUGCAGUAACAUGAAGAACAGGGUAUUUGGCAGCAUUAAGAUUGUCGUUUUCUCGGCUAAAAUAAACCUUCUCAUGCCUUUUGGCCCUUUAGCAAUAAUAGUCAGCACCUUGUCUGGUCACCAUGGUUGGGUCUUCCUUUUAAGCUUGUUGGGGAUCAUACCUCUUGCUGAGCGUUUGGGCUAUGCAACUGAACAACUGGCAUGCUAUACUGGAGCCACAGUUGGAGGUCUUCUGAAUGCUACUUUUGGAAAUGCCACAGAAUUGAUAAUAUCAAUAUAUGCAUUGCGAAGAGGAAUGAUACGUGUUGUUCAACAGUCAUUAUUAGGUUCAAUUUUGUCUAAUAUGUUAUUAGUUCUUGGAUGUGCAUUCUUUGCUGGUGGAAUUGUGGUUUCUAAGAGAGAGCAGGUUUUUAGUAAGGCAGCUGCUACAGUGAAUUCUGGAUUGCUGUUAAUGGCGGUAAUGGGACUUCUAUUUCCUGCUGUCCUUCGUUCUACACACACAGAGUUGCACUCUGGAAAGUCAGAGCUGGCUCUUUCAAGAUUUAGUAGCGGCAUUAUGUUGGUGGCAUAUGCUGCCUAUCUUGUUUUUCAGUUGAAAAGUGAUAAGAACUUAUAUCUCCCAGUCGAUGAGGUGGAUAAUGAAGGGAGUUCUGAUGAUGAAGAAGCUCCUGAGAUUUCUAUGUGGGAAUCAAUUGUUUGGCUGUCAAUCUUGACCAUAUGGAUCUCUGUCCUCUCCGAAUACUUAGUUAAUGCAAUCGAGGGGGCAUCGGUUGCAAUGAACAUACCUGUAGCAUUCAUCAGUGUUAUUCUGCUACCUAUUGUUGGGAAUGCUGCUGAGCAUGCAGGUGCCAUCAUGUUUGCCAUGAAAGAUAAGCUUGACAUUUCUUUGGGUGUUGCUAUAGGAUCAUCGACACAGAUAUCUAUGUUUGGGAUUCCCUUUUGUGUGGUCAUUGGUUGGAUCAUGGGAUGUCCGAUGGACUUGAAUUUUCAACUUUUUGAAACCGCAACGCUUUUCAUCACAGUCAUUGUCGUGGCCUUCAUGUUGCAGGAUGGAACUUCAAAUUACCUCAAAGGACUAAUGCUUAUUCUCUGCUACCUGAUAGUAGCUGCAAGUUUCUUUGUACAUAUUGAUCCAGCAUCAGUUGGAGACAAAACCCGAAAACCUGGUGUAUGAAAGGCAAGGGAUGGCUCAAGGUAGUGAAUCUGCCUGCACUACUGUUCUCCAAAAGAUGGGAUCGACCAAAGCUCGUGGUUCACUCCAUUUCUGUAUAGUUCUGAAGUCCGUUCAGAAAUCAUUUUUCCAUGUUUCGUGACAACCAAUGGCAAUAGAUGUUUCCUUGAUUCUUGUAGUCGUUGGUGCUGAUCUUGUUUUAUCAUUGAAAGCUUUGGCAAAUACUCAGAAUUUAGCAACUAGGAAUGCUAGAUAUCAACAAAAAAAAAGUAUUAUUAUAUUGAUUUAUUAUUCUUAGGGUAA